GCUCGUUGUGAAACUUCUUUUUCCGGUCUCUUCUGGUUCCUAACCUAAAAAUACAGGACAUACGAGAUGAAAGCCAAGGGUGAAUUGAAGGAGUACGAGGUGAUAGGGCGAAAGCUCCCUACUGAAAAGGAGAAGACCACUCCUCUUUAUAAAAUGAGAAUAUUUGCUCCGGAUGCUAUAGUGGCCAAGUCCAGAUUCUGGUAUUUUUUGCGUCAAUUGAAAAAAUUCAAAAAAUCCACUGGAGAAAUAGUGUCUCUCAAGCAAAUCCCAGAGAAGACACCUGUAAAGAUAAAGAACUUUGGAAUUUGGCUGCGAUACGACUCCCGCUCCGGUACACAUAACAUGUACAGGGAAUAUAGGGAUCUCUCUGUCAGUGGAGCUGUAACGCAGUGUUACAGGGACAUGGGUGCUCGUCAUCGCGCGCGAGCCCAUUCCAUACAGAUAAUUAAGGUGGAAGUGGUAAAAGCUAUAAAUUGUCGCAGACCCCAAGUGAAACAAUUUCAUGAUUCUAAGAUCAAAUUUCCAUUGCCGAAGAGAAUCCAUAACAGAAAUCGUAUGCCGCUAUUCAGUGUGCGUAAACCGCGCACCUAUUUCCAGUGAAUACUAUGAAAUGUGUUUUGUAUUAUGACACUAAAUAUAUUAUUCUACAAGGAAUAAAAAAAAUAAUAUAAUUGUUUA